CUUUUAAUUAUCAACAAUUUUGUAUUUGCAUAACCAACCAUCAUUUUUUCCUUAUUUUCUAAAGAUACGCCUUGGAGGUGGAAUAAAGAUGGCAGUAAAGAAGUGGCAACUAAUACUGGCAAACAAAAAAGCAUCAAUGUUUGUAAAACAGCUUGUUGUGUCAGUGUGGGGCUCAGACAUCCUGGCAAACAAGUCAGUAGAAGGAAAGCUGUGCCCUCGCCAUAAGGGGACGGGAAAAAUAGCAAAGCCAGCUUUGACGCCCAAAAAAUAUAAUGCAGUGAGAGAGAGAUUCAUAGAAUACCUAUCAAAUUCUGGUCAAACACGGGAGGAAAUUGCGGUGGAAAGCACUAAAUUUAAUAAAUUUAUAACUGAGAAGAUAGGGGAUUUGAACCGCCCGCUAAAGAAGAAACUUUUUUAA